GCUUCCAACCAUUCGAUCUCUAAGAUGGCGGACCGGCGGAGACGGAGGAGGCGCGCGUCCCAGGACAGCGAGGACGACGACGAGUCCGGUUCGAGUUCGGACAGCGUCAAGUCGGGCUCCUCAGCGACAAAGACCCGGGCGAAAGACCCGGUGCCGGCAGAAGCGACCGUUGCCCGGCCCGAGGCGAAGAGCGACGUGGAGUCCGAGUGUGAGAGUGAAGAUGGAGUGGGAGAAGCUGUCUUGUCGGAUUAUGAGAGCGCAGACCCUGAGGAAAACGGCUCCCAUUCAGAGGGAGUGGAGGAGGAAGAGGAGGCAGAGCAGUACAGUGAUGAAGAGGCUCCAGCAGCAGCCAGCGAGCCUGAGCCCUCUGCUCCUGACAACCCCACACAGGAGGAGCAAGGGGAGCAGGUGGUGGAAGAAGAGGAGGAGGCGGAGGAGGCGGCAGAGAGGGAGGGAGGGGGACACGGUAAAGAUAAGAGCAAAGCCGAGGAGAAGGAGAACCUGGCUGGAGAGAGACAGAGCGGCGACGGCCAGGAGUCCACAGAUGAUCCUGAGACGAAGGCGGUAGUAAAACCUGGCCAGAAGUUGGACGAUGACGAGGACAGAAAAAACCCGGCCUACAUUCCUAGGAAGGGGCUUUUCUUCGAGCAUGACGUCAGAGGACACGCCCAAGAGGAGGAGAGACCUAAAGGUCGCAACAGGAAGCUGUGGAAAGAUGAGGGUCGCUGGGAGCACGACAAAUUCAGGGAGGAGGAGCAAGCGCCCAAGAGCCGCGAAGAGCUCAUCGCCAUCUACGGUUAUGACAUCAGGAACGGCGGGGGAGCGGGAAACCGGGCGUACAGGCAGCGCAGACCCAGACAGAGUUUGUCUCCCAGCAGAGACAAACGGUGGAGAGAGGGAGGAGAGCGGCCGGUCCGAUCCUGGCAGGGCAGCGGAGGAGGAGGAGGAGGAGGAGGGAGUAUGAGCCGAGGAGCAGCUCCUUCACCUUCAUCCAUCCAACCCUCUUCUACGUCAUCCUCAUCAGUCCAUUUCUGCUCCGGCCCACACAACAACAACAACAACAGAGCGCCUUCCUCCCGCAGCAGACCCCCGCACCAGAAUCACUCACAUCCUCAGUCGCACCACAAGAACGAUGAAUCAAACGCACCCCAGCUGCAGCCCAGAGAGCGACAGGGACCCAAAGCUCAGUCAGAGCCUGCGGGAGACAGGGGUGUGGUCAGCAAAGGUGGGCGUGGCACUGGUGGGCGUGGUGGUUCCUCUGUGGUCUUUGAGAACAGUUCAAUUACCCGGGGGGUUGUUGAGGAUCAGGACCUGAGCACGAGCACCGUGACAACGGCAUCGCAGUCGGGCGGUUACCAGUCACCAAGGCGACAGCAGCAGGAGCGAGGUGGCGCCGACCAAUCCGUGUCCGGAUUAGCUGCCUCCUCCACUUCUGACCCCGCCCUUCAGUCAUCAUCAGCCACAGCCACUCGGGAAGCUUCUCCUCCCACUGAGCGGCCAGUGGAGCGUAAAUCUUACUCGCUGGCUCGCAGGACUCGCUCGCGGCCCGCGGACCUGGGCAGCAAACAGCCCUCCAUGGAGGAGUCGACGGGCGGCGGGAGCACCUCCUCUCCUGGCAGUGCAGGAGGGAGAGCCUGGACCGGGGGAGGAGGGGGAGGAGGAGGAGGAGGAGGAGGAGGAGGAGGACGAGGACUGGCAGAGCUAGACCAAGAUGUGGCCCGACUCAGUCUGGCUGGACAGAGCUGGAGUCAGAGCCCGACGUCGUACAUGCGUUCUGAGAUGAGGGGCCUCCCCAGCCCCAUGCACAUCUCCGGUGGCCCCCCCCCUCAGUUCUCCAGCAUGGAGGAGAUCGGCGUCGGCUCCAGUCGAGCCAAACGCUACUCUUCCCAGCGACAGAGAGCCGUACCUGAGCAGACUCCGCCCAUGCACCUGGGUGUGAUGGAGGGACACUACUACGAACCCAUGUCGUACCAGGGACCAAUCUACACCCACGGGGAUGGCCCCGCCCCCAUCCCACCGCAAGGCAUGCUGGUCCAGCCUGAGAUGCACAUCGCUCACCCCAGUCUUCACCCACACCAAUCAGGCGGCCCGAUCGCUAACCCCGCCCUCUACGGAGGCCCACCUGUGUCUCUAUCACCGGGGCAACCACAGCAACUGCUGCCACCACCUUUCUACCCUCCUCCAGGGGUCAUGACCUUCCCUUACCCCACCAUGUACCCAACCCCACAGGCUCAGACCCAGGUGACCUACGGUGGUGUGACCUACUAUGACACGAUGCAGCAGCAGGCCCAGCCCAAACCCUCGCCCCCCCGCCGCACAUCCCAGCCAGUCACCGUUAAGCCCCCCCCUCCAGAGGUGCGCUUUGUGUCAGAGUGACCCCGCCCCCCUCACCCUCGACCGCCCUGCCCCCUCAGCCUCACUCUGCUCUGAGAACCACAGGAGCAGGGUGGGAGGAGUCGGUAAGGAGCCGCAAUUUCCUACACCAAUCAACAGCGAGGGUGGUGCAGGGGCGUGAAGAUGGACAGACGGAGGCGGAGACUAACUCUGCACAAGACCACAGCAUCACUGUUGCCGCUCCCCCUUUUGUUUUUGACCCUGUAGCAGUCGUUCCAUGACGGCGAGUCGCCAACGCACAGGUUUGUUCCUGCCAACGUGUCUUUGAGCAACAACACUGAAACAUUGAGAAAGUAACGAGUUCCAAACCCUCAAAGUCACUUUUUGAGUUUAGUGACGGCUUCGUUGUUUUUGUGUCGCUGUCUCCGUUUACUUCACUGUCUGUUUCGUAACGUAGGAAACAUGAGGUUUGUUUUCUGGAGAUGGUGAAACGAAUAAUCCGUCAUCACGAUAAUUCUCAUUUUCUCGAGUGAAUGAGAUCAAAUAAUCUGUUACGUUGUGAUAAUGUCUCGUUAUCUCCCGGAGAUAAUUCUCGUUUCUUAAGAUAAUGAGAAACCGCGGCGUGGCUGUUCACCGAGAGCAAAGCAGACAGAUUAUUAAUCUGGUCACAGAUUAAUCACGUACUGUGGAAACAUCUGUUUCAGGAGGGACUGCCACCUCUUUCCUCCUUCCUCCUCCCUGCUCCUUUCUCCUCCUCCUCCUCCCCUCUGCUGACGUACGUGAUGAACUGCGACGAUUUUCCACGUGAACUGAAACUCGUGUUUUUUUGUUGUUUGUUUUUGGCUCCUCCCCCUGAUGAGCAGCGACAGUUUGAGUGUAAACACGACGUGUCCAGUGGGGGGCGCUGCUGCUGCUGUACAUAAGUGUGUAAAUAGAAGCUGGAGCAGAUGAAAACUAUAGUUAUGAUGCGAGCGCAUCGGCAGGGACUUUGAACGUUAACCAUGAUUCAUUUAAAAAACGGAGUUCACGUUUUUCUUUCUUUGUCACUUUCAUUUUUUUAACUGUAAUUUUUUAUUAUUGUUAUUAUUAGUGAACACAGGAGUGAUAACUAUUAUUAGUUUGGCUUGUUAACGCGUCGUUAUUACUGUAACCACAACGUUUAAAAAAGAAAGUCGUUGAUUAUUGCUUUGAUCAUUGGUUUCCUCUGAUGUUGAAGACACUGUAAGGCUUUUAUUUUGAAAGGUUCAUUACCGUCAGUAUUCUGAGCAGGUGCUUUGAUGUUGACCUCAGUGUCUGUGUCGUAACGAGUGACUGCUGUUUAUUCUUUGACCUUUGACCUGAGCUGACAACACCUUUUAUUUUCCUUUUUCAGUCUUUAAAGUCACAGUUUGUGUUUUUUUUCUUUUUAAAGUGAGUUUGUGUAGGGUUCUGACGGCGAGAACCAAACAUCUCUACAUCACAUGAUCACGUCGUUAUCUCACUGUUAGACAGACGUGUGUAAACCACUCACUCUCCCACACCAAAGCCCACAGAGAAAAUCAGUGAUUUUAGCUGGCGGGGACACAGGAGCUGCUGGUCUACUGCUGCCUCGUGUGGUCACUCUGUGUCACUAAUUUAAGUCUAAAGUUUAAAUCAAAUGCCGAAUUGGAAAAAUGUGAUGGAGGCAGCAGUGGAUCAACUUUGGUGUGGGAGAGUGAGUGAGUGAAUGUGUCAGUACCUCAAACAAACAGUUUAAAGGAACAAAACCUGAACUAUCCCUUUAAUGUCACAGUAGAGUUGAGUUUGUGUUUGUAUGUGGAGAACGCUGUCGUCCACGCAGGAUCAAUAAAGAACACGACGAUAACGACACUGUU